CCUAAAAACCAGUUUUUUUUUCAAGUCUCUUGGUUUCUCGCCAAUCAAAGGCCCCCCCUUCUUAUAAAACUCGCUGGAUUCCGCUCGGGAUGGGGUCACGGACCGGCUCCUGUCGAUAUCCAAAGUUGGAAUCAUCGGAAGAACUCCUGCCCAUGGUCAAGAGUGCAGAUGCGCAGAUCCACGCUUUCGUGAACGAGACAUGAUAAAACAAUGAGCACCUUCAUCUCAGGCCUCUCCUCUAAUGGCGGUUUUCUGGGACCGCCGAUGUUUGCAACUCUGCCACCAUUUCUCCAGUAAGAUGCGUCCAUCCCCCUUCCUCUUCAUCCGAUUAUUCACAUCUCAGGAGCUUCACCCGACAUUUCCGUUUCCUUCUCAUGGUACCUAUAAGAACUCAAAAUAUGGGGAACCUAAUCUCACAACCAUUCUCAUUGAUCAGCUUUUGCCUUCACCUUGUUGUUCGCUGCCUUCCACUUCUCACUCAUUGGCGCUUACUCGAGUGGAGCAAAAUCGCAUCCUAAUGGGUUUGUCCAGAAUGGUGAAAACAGGCAGGCUCUUCCUUCUCAGAAGGUUCUUUUCCUAUCUGGAGCUUUCUCUCCUUGCAGAUAUCAUGAAGUUUCUAGCAAAGCACAUAGAUGGGUCAUCGGCAUUUCUAUUCUUCAAGAUGGUCUUCAAGUGCCAUUUCCCGUGCUUCUUUCAGGACUGUUGCAUCCUUGCUCAUCAUCUUUCUAGGAAAGGAAUGAAAUUGCUCUGUCAAGACGUGCUCUCUUACAUGGUCGGGCGAAGCAUAGGUGAUAAUGCUUGUGACUUUUUUGAGUUUCUUUGCGCAACUUUCGAUUUGUAUGGUUCGGAUGUAUCUGUGUAUGAUUCGCUUCUUAGAGCCUAUGUGCGUGCUGGAUUGGUUUCAAUGGCAGUCGAUACACUCAGUAGGAUGAGGAAUAUAGGAGUUAUGCCCAGCCCGUCUGGCCUUAGCAUCCUUAUUAGUUCUCUGUUCAAGUUGGGUGAUUGUGCCGCUGCCUGGAGAUUGUUUAGGGAUAGUUUGGCUAAAGGACCUCAGCCUAGCAUUCGCACUUUGAAUAAUAUCAUUCUUGGUUCAUGCGGAAAUGGCGAUUUGGAAAGAGGGAAGAGCCUUUUGGCAGUUAUGCAUAAGUAUGGCUGUCAUCCUGACGCUUUCACUUUUAAUAUUGUUAUUAACUCCUGCUGCACUGGUGGUCGUAUGUCAGAUGCUUUUGAUUUAUUAAGUUUUAUGAGAAGUAGUGGCUGCAAUCCAAACACGAUUACAUAUAAUACAUUACUAAAUGGAGCUUGCAAAAGAGGCAACAUGGCUGAAGCGAGAAAAAUAUUUGACAGGAUGACACUAGAAGAGGGGAUUUCACCUAAUGCUGUCACAUACAACACGCUCCUUUGUGGCUAUUGUAAAGUUGGUGACAUUGAUGAGGCUAACGCUAUAUAUGUUGAAAUGCUUGAGAAAGGCCUUUCACCCGAUAGUUUUACUUUCAACAUUCUGCUCUCCGGUUGUAGCAAAUUUGGGAAGAAAGAGAAUGCGGACAGAGUUUUAAGGAAUAUGCUGGAAAGGUGUGUUCCUCCUGAUUCUUGCACGUUCAAUACACUAAUUUGUAGGUGCUGCUGGACAGGACGAAUGGAGGAAGCUAUCGAACUUUUCCACUACAUGAUAGAUAAGGGUGUUUCCCCGUGCCUGGUCACGUUUAAUACACUUAUUGCAGGUUAUGCCAGAGGUGAGCAAGUAGAAGAGGCUUUUGCUGUGUACCAGGAGAUGCUGAGGUUUGGAUGUCAACCAUCACAUGUUACCUAUAACUCGCUGCUGAUGAGCUUGUGUAGGAAAAGCAAAAUGGAUGCUGCUGUCGAACUUGUGUCAGAUAUGUUUGACAAGGGGUGGCAUGCUGAUAAAGUUGCUUUUACAAUAAUGAUUGAUAAUUAUUUUCGACUAGGGGAUGCUGCAAAAGCCUUUAAUCUCUGGAAGAAGAUGGAAGAUGAAAAUGUCUUUCCGGAUGUCAUUGCUUAUACCGCUUUCAUCAAUGGCCUUUGUAAAAUGAAUUGCAUGACUGAAGCAUUUCAGUACUUUCUUCAGAUGUCAAGAAGAGGCCUUGUGCCCAACAAUUAUACGUAUAAUGCUCUGAUCGAUGGGUACUGUAAGAUUGGCAACUUAUCUAAGGCACUUGACUUGGAGACUGAAAUGAAGAACAAAGGACUUCUGCCUGACUUGUUUACAAAAAAUAUCAUCAUUAAUGGCCUCUGUAAGGUGGGCAAACUUAAGAUGGCAAAGACCACAUUUAUUCAUUUGCAUAAUGAUGGCCUAGCCUCUGAUAUUGUCACCUACAAUACUCUUAUUGAUGCUUACUGUAAGGCAUCUGAUAUGGUUAAUGCAAUGGAGUUUGUGAACAAAAUGUCCUUUGAUGGGUGUUGCCCUGAUAUUGUUACGUACAAUAUAUGGAUUCAUGCACUUUGCAAUAGCUAUAUGACAGCUCAAGCCUUGAAGAUGCUUGAUGAAGUUGUUUCACUAAGCAUUGCCCCAAACACGUUUAGCUACAAUACCAUCCUGAAUGGUAUCUGCAAGGAUGCACUUGAUAGGGCUCCUAUCGUGUUUGGUAAACUGCUGAAGUUGGCCUUUGUUCCAAAUAUUGUUACAGUAAAUGUGUUACUUACGCACUUCUGCAAACAAGGCAUGCCUUCAAGGGCAUUAAAAUGGGCAGAGAAGUUGAGUCAGCUGCCUAUUGCCUUCGAUGGUGUUACUCAUAAUAUUCUAGAAAUGGCCCAGGUUUCUGAGUACAGAGUUGAUGAAAAGUCAAAAAUUACAAUCAAAUGUUUAUUUUUGGAUUUUUUAAUGCAUCUUACCUUUCAACUGUUAUUGGCAGAAAGAAGACAUAAAGAAGAGACAAGGAAAGAAAAUAACUUGUCAAUUGUUUUAUCUGGUGGCAGUAUAUUGAGUGGCUAACUAUCUACAAUCUGAGAGUUUAACCCACAGUCUGGCAAAGCUGAUGAAUUGAAAUUAAAGAAACUAGCGUACAGGAGCUUGAAACCCUAUCUGCAGAGAUGGUUGCACUCUGUAGCGUUUCAUAUAAGAAUUUAAUAUCUCGCUGUAUUUCAGGGUAGAUAAUUCUGUUGGAUAAUUUCCUGAAGAACCCAUUAAUAAAGUUUACUUGGUUAAGGUUAUGAGUUUCGACAUAUUGUCUUCUGCAAAGUUGAUGGUUUUUCUACACCCUUUGACAGCCAACAUGUCAAACGGAUUCUCCCUGAUGACAAGAUAUGCCCCCUGGAAUCUGAAAGAGCUGCAGCUGCUUCUUCUAGGGGUUGAACGAAGUGAUUGGCAGAUUUAGCUUUGUUCAGUGUGACAGGAGAAGCGGUUCAAGGAAGAAAAUAUCCAUAUAGCAUCUUAUUGUGCCAAGGGUAUCCUCUUUGUUGAUAUUUACAAUUCAAAACGUGAGCAUCCAAAGUACCAUAGAUGAUGAUGAUGUUCCUUUAACAGCUCCUUUGGUCUUCCAGCUUGUUGGUUAUGUCAAGAAACAGAAAAGAGUAAACAGCAUUUCCUUCUGGCUGCUUGACGCUCCUCCUGGGCAUGUUGCUCUGGCAUGCAUUGCUGGCAAGGUUCCUCCAAAAGCAGAUGAAUCCCACUGUAUGAUGCAUGCAGAGUGACAUCUUCUUCGGUGACCAAUGUCCUGAAGACAGUAUCUAGGAGUCAUCUGAACUUAGACAUAUAUGAACCAUUUAGCCAUUGGACACCACAUGAUAAAGUAGUGAAUUAAAGUCAUAAAGGAUUUGUGCUGACUGAUAGCUGCAAAUGCAUGUCAUUUUCAAUGCAGAAGCGAAUUCAUUUUUCAUAAUUCCUUGAUGACCAUAGUGGAAAGGUCUGGAGAAUUAAUAAAGGAAAUAGGAGGGUGUGUGCUACUGUGUUUAUGGAGGACAGAAAUAGCUGGAUUGAAACGUCCAUGUACCUUGGUCCAGCCAGUGUGUAGCCGAGUCUUUAUGUGGAUGACAGCUGGUUUGGUGAUUACGUAGGAUGAUAUGUGUAUCAUACAAUGAAAGGUAUUCUGAACUCAUCUAUGAGCUUCUCAUCAGUUGUGAAGUCAUUUAAGACCCAAAUGAUUACUGGGAGCCUUUUAUGGAGACUGUGGAUGGUAUUACAAGGUAAUCUUGCUUCUCUAAAUGAUGUUUCCAUGUUUCUAGUUCAUAUUGAUCAAUGCGUCUUGAUCCUUGGGAUAUAAUUUAGGUGCCAGUGUUUCUCGAAAGCGUAAAAUCCCAAUCUUGAACUUUUCUUCAGAUACCAGUAUGAUAUAAUUGCACCUGGUAUGUCCUCCCAGCUACAAAUGGAACUUGGGGUUAAAUUUGUUGGUUUCAAAUAUGUACCCAUUCUGCAAGCUUAUGCAAGUCGGUAUAGUCGUACUUAGAUUAAUAUAUCCUACAAGGUGAUGGAAUGUCAUUAAUGUCAUUUUAAUCGAUCAAUUUAUCUGCUUUCUUUAAUUUUUAUCAUAUGUUUUUAUAUGAUCCUUUUUCAUGCUUGCUACAUUUGGCAGCAAUAGGAUUCUUGCAUUUCUGGUAGGGGCUACAUAGACAUCCGUCACAAGAGGGUUUUACUGCAUUAUUCCGCAGAACAAACGUGGUAACAGACGUGUUGGUAUUUGGUCUCUCGUUUAUGUGAUUAACAAUAUGGAUGCUACGCUUGAUUUAGCAUUACAAUCAGAUAUUUCUAGUAGCCUGCCAAUAAACCAUUGCAUAGCAAUCGAGGGGGAGGGUGGAAUUCAUCACAGAAGCGUUCUUUGAAAUUCAGAUACAUGAUCCUCAAACUGGAUGGGACCAUGCAACACCACCCUUGUGACUGUUACCAUCAAACAGUAUAAAGAUGGAGUCUUCUCAGAUGGUGCUCCCUACUAUUGAGCUGCCACUUGGAUGGGAAUGGGUUGACGAUCGGAAUGUAGAUAUGUCAUCAUUAAAGAAUAUCAACGAGUGUUGUCUUCAUUAGUUCUUGAAAGUACUAAAGCGGCCUUAUUUUUUAGUCAUGAAAAAACUUUACAGCAUGUCAGACAAAGGGAGUGUCAGAUAAAAAAUAGUGCCAGUAAACAGAUCCUUGGAUUUCUGAAACCGGCAGAAAGUGUCCCAUUCUCUCUCUCUAGCCUGACAGCUCCUGGAAUGUUGGAGAUAUUGCUGAAGAGCCCUCCUGAUGCAAUCGAAUAUUCAUGGAUUUCACUCUCUCAGAGUUACAUUAAGUCAAAGUAUUACCUGUCGUCUCUCAUUGAGGCUGAGUUCCUUUGAAGAUGCAUCUUCUCACUUACACGUUGUCUAGAAAAGUGAGGAAAUGAAUGCCUUAUGCUCCAACCUCUCUUUCUCUAAUUUUUUCACCAAUUUUGCUGUAAUGAAAGUUUGUUUAAUUGGUCAGUAGUUGUGAAGUAAAUUAGAAAAGGAUAAUGCAGAAGGACAAUGGUACAAAAAAACAUGUAAGUUCUGAAGUGAAGCUUGAUGGAUAAAAAUUUCUCCAUUUUUGCUGCAA